AUGGUGUCCGCGGCCCCACUAUCUCUCUCGCGGGCCCCAUCCGCCUCGAUUAUUGGGGCGGCAGGCGGCCCCGAAGCCUCCCGCCACGUGGACCCGGCCGCUGCCCUUCAGGAGGUGUUGGAGAAGAACGCACUAGAGGCGCAGCAAGAGCGGGAGGCCGCAGCCCGAGCGGAGGCGGAGGCGGCCGAUGCAGCGCGGGCGAAGGCCGACGCGACGGCCAAGGCGCAAGCCGACGUGGCUGCCAAGGAGCAGGCGGCCGCGGCCGCCAAGGCGCGGGAGGAGAAGGCAUCCCGUGACAGGGCUCCAAAGGCCAUUGGCCUGCAACAUGCAGAGCCGCCGGUGCUGGAGGACUACCACAACCUUCGCACGUCCGCUUACAACUCCGAGUUCCAGGAGCUGACCAAGCGGACCACUGAUCUGAACCAGAGCCUAAAGGCCACCGCUGAUCUGUGGCAGUGCCUGGGCGAGGUCGAAUCCGAGCUCCCCACCAAGGAGCAGGAGCGCAGCCAAGCCGCCCAGGAGCGUGACCGCCUAGCGAAGCAGGUGGCAGACCAGGCGGAGAGGCACAAGGCGGAGGUGCAGCGGUUGAAGGACGGCGAAACUCUCCUCAGGGCCGAGUUCGAGACUCAGCGCUCGGACUGGGCCGAGAGGGAGAAGUUCCUGUCGGACGGCUACAACGAGAUUGAGGACAUGAUCGACAAAUUUCUUCCUAGUCAGUCCAUCGCCGUCAGCCAGGCCAUCGAGGCAUGGCGUGAGGUGCGAAGGAGGGCAGGCAUGGGCAUUCCGCCCAACUCGCCUCGGAACCUCGACGAGCAGCUUCUGGCCAUCAAGACGCGGCUGGUACCAGCUCACUGCCUGCUCCGCCACCUGCAGCGCGUUGGGUCCCAGGUGCUGGCCGCGCUCUGGCCGGAUGGUCAGGUCCCGCUCACCCCCAGUCAGACUGCCGACAGGCUGGAGGUAGCAAUCAGGCGGUUCGAGGCCUGGAAGGGCGCCGCAGCUCGAGCAGGCGCCAGGGCUGCCCUGGAAUUCGCCAAGGCCUAG